UGAGGGUGUCCAGCUACAACUACUUCCAAGCCAUGAGGUUUGCAGUGGAAGAGAUCAAUAACUCCACCAGCCUCUUGGCCAGGGUCCUGUUGGGCUACGAAAUGAUGGACAUCCGCUACCUCACCAACGCUGUCCACCCCAUCCUGUAUUUCCUCGCCGACAACCGCUCGCCGAUCGAAAUUGGCAGGAAUUGCGCUUCGUACCAUCCCACGGUCGUUGCCAUCAUCGGUCCGGAUUCAUCCCCAGCGGCCAUCGUGGCGGCUUAUAUUCUGAGUCCCCUUCUGAUCCCACAGGUGAGCUGCGUGGAUUCUCUCCGGGGAAAAGCAGGCGGGGAGAAGCCUGCCAGGUCACCUCCGGCGCCACCCUGGGAGCUCUCCACAACCCCUGGGAUAUUCCCUGUCGCUUUCUGCACCACCCCGAGUGCCAGGCGGCAGGUUGCGGUCAUGCUGCGGCGGUGGCGUCCCUUGGGGUGGAACGGGAUCAUCGACCUGGUCCCCCGAGCCUGCGUUGCCCUCCCGGAGACCCUUCCGGUUGAGGGAGGCGUCCCCUCGGCUUGGAGCAGUUCCCCUGACCAGGAGAGGGUAGGAGGCACCCUGGGCAGGAUCCAGGGAACCACGGCCGAGGUGGGGGUGGCAGUCCUCAGCCUGGAGCUUCCUCUCCUGGCUGCCUUGGAAGCAGCCCUGGGCCAGGAUCUCACCAGCAGGGUGUGGGUCGCCGCUGAAGCCUGGCCCACUGACCUGUCCAUCCACAGCCCCCGCAACAUUUCCAGCCUGGGGGAGGUAUUUGGGGUUGCUGUGCAGGAUGUCGCUGGGACAGGGUUGGAUGACUUCAGAGUCAGGGGGUCCUCGAGGCCCCCAGAUAUUUUGGCCUCCCCAGGACCCAGCCUAGUCGAGGGACCCAUCUCUCUGUUUUUCUUCCCCUUAGACAGGUUUACCUGCCAGAAACGCCCGCCAGACACCCGAUCCCAUCCUGGCCAAGAAGCAUGCUUCCCAAAGGUUGUGGUGUAUCUACAGUGGGACCAUCCCGUCUCCAUCAUGUUGCUCUUCCGCUCCUCUGGCCUCUCGGCCACCUUGGGCAUCCUCGUCACCUUGGCCCAUCGCGCCAACCCCUCGGGGGUGAGAUCAGCCGGGUUUUCCCUCAUCUUGGGCUUCUGCAGUGUCUUCUGCUAUGUUGGAGUCCCAGCUGAGCUGUGUCUCUUCCGCCUGGCCGGGUUCAGCCUCUGCUUCACCGUCUGCCUCACCUGCGCCGCCGCCUGUUCCUUCCAGAUCCUCUGUGCUUUCAAGAUGGUGGCCUGGCUGCCUGCAAACUUCACCUCCUGGUCCGCGUCCAAAGGGCAGUGGGUCUUCCUCGCCACAAUUUCCGCCAUGAUACUCAACCUCCAUUACCGCUCCCCGAAGCCCGUCCAGGCUGCCCUAAUGGGCAACCCGGCCGAGCUUUUCCUGACGUGUCACAUCAGCGACCUGUCCGUGGUUGUGCUCAACCAUCUCUUUGACGUGGUCCUCUCCUCCCUGGGCUUUUGCUCGGCCUAUGCGGGGAAGGCGUGGCCAAAGAGCUACAGUGAAGCCAAGUUCAUCUCCAUCAUCCUCUUCAGCUCCUGGGGGCUGCUAGUCCUGGUCACCCCAUUAUGGAAGGGGCAGCGGUUGCCAUCUUUGAGAUGGUUGUUGUGGUCUCAACCUGCCCAGCUUCUUCGGGCCCAAGUGUCGCGUCAUCUACAGAGCUACACCAUGGACCAGGGCUAG